UUGAUUCAAAGUUUGUAUAUGGUAAUAUCAGUAAACUAUGGCAUUUUAUGGCUCUAAGUUUGAGAUUUUGUUUUGGUCUACCUGGAACAGAUUCUGUCACCUACGUGUCAAGAAGAUGCCAAGUGGCAAUGACGUGGCACAUGAUAAAGAGGAGGUGCAGUACAUAUCAUAUCAAUCUCUGCUGCAGAAUAGUAUGUGAGAGUAAAAUUAAUAUAUAAAUUUGGUUAUUCAUGAACAUUGUAUUAUUUUUUAAUGUCGACAUAAAGUUUAUGAACCAUGACACAUUGACACACCAUCUAUAUAUAAUAGAGAUCCGUCCAAACUAGUAUUCUAAAGUGGGGUUUAACUUUUACAUUUGUGAGAAGAAAAAAAAUUAAUAAUGCAAAGCAAUGUUGGAGAGUAGAAUUUAUUUAGUGACAUAUCUAGUGUACCAAUAUUGUAAAGAGCUGAGCUAUAUAAAGAAAACUCUGUUUGACGUGUUUGUUAGAUAAUCUCAGAGAAAACCAAGAGUGGAAAUUUGUACUGGUGAUGAUGAUGGAUACUAAUUAAGAUAGUACUGUCGUUUGUUGGUGGACAUUUUGCCUCAGAUGACAGCAUAAUAAAGAUCAGAUUAUAAUCUUACUUUGGUUACUUCAAUUUUCAUAUUCUUCUUCUUCUUCUUCUCAUGGCUGGAGGGAAGCAAGGGAAAGGGAAAGGAGGACUCAGCUGUUCAUGCAUUCUACUUAUAGUUAUUGCUGGUAUGGAGAGAUUUGCAUUCAAAGGAGUGGCAUCAAAUUUAGUGACAUAUCUAACAGAUGUUGUAAACAUGAGUAAUUCUGCUGCAGCCAAAACUGUGAAUAGUUGGUGUGGUUUCACAUCCAUGUUGCCACUCUUGUUUGCACCUUUUGCUGACUCUUAUUUGCAUAGGUAUACAACCAUAUUGGCUUCUUCAUUUCUCUAUGUUGCGGGACUAGUGGCAUUGACAACAUCUGCUUCGGUAUGGGCCCGGUCUGCUGCAAACAAAACAAGAUCUACCACCUUUCUCUUCUGGUCACUUUGUUUAAUUUCUCUAGGCCAAGGUGGUUACAACUCAUCUUUACAAGCCUUUGGAGCAGAUCAACUAGAUGAGGAAGAAGAAUUGCCCUGCAGUAAAGAUGAGCAAAAGUCUAGUAAUAACAUCAAGAGUUCUUUCUUUCAAUGGUGGUAUUUUGGUAUCUGUGGUGGUAGUCUUUUGGGGGUUACAUUAAUGUCCUAUAUACAAGACACUUUUGGUUGGGUUGUGGGGUUUGCUAUUCCUGCCAUAGCAAUGGUUAUAUCAAUAGCUUUUUUCUCAUCUGGGAGUAGAAUUUACAUAUACAAACAGGUUGAGAAUAUGGGGCAUCAUAAAUCUCUUCUUAACAUAAUUCAAAACAUCAGAGAAACUCUAUCAAAGUUGAUAAGUUGCAAAAUAGCCUUACCAAAUGUCAAUGACAUGGUUGAGCUAGAGCUUCAAGAGAAACCUCUUUGUCAUCAUCAAAACUUGGGAGCCAUGGAAAGCUUGGACAAGAACCCGAAAAGCAGUACUACUAAUUACAUGCUCGAAAACACAAAAGUAGUACUGCGGCUUUUGCCCAUAUGGACAAUGCUUCUAAUGUUCGCCGUGAUCUUUCAACUCCCAGCAACCUUCUUCACCAAGCAAGGUAUGACAAUGAAGAGAAAUAUAGGAAGUAACUUUCAAAUCCCACCAGCUACACUACAAAGUUCAAUUACAUUGUCUAUAAUUCUCUUGAUGCCUCUAUAUGACAAAGUUCUUAUCCCAUUUACGCGAUUGGUUACUCGAAACAAAAAGGGUAUUAAUGUGAUGCAAAGAAUGGGAGCUGGGAUGUUUCUUUCUGUCAUAGCAAUGGUAAUUGCAGCAUGUGUUGAAACACAAAGGCUAAAGAUCAGUAGAAAAGAAGGAUCAUCUAAUACUGAGACAGUGUCAUUAAGUAUCUUUUGGUUAUUACCUCAGUACAUACUUUUAGGCAUUUCAGACAUAUUUACAGUUGUUGGUAUGCAAGAGUUUUUCUAUUCUGAAGUUCCUGUUAGAAUGAGAACCAUGGCAUUUGCUCUAUACAAUAGUGUUUUUGGAGUUGGGAGUUUCUUGAGUGCUUUUCUUAUAACAGUUAUUGAAGACUUGACAAGAACAAAGGGAAGGAAUAGCUGGUUCUCUGAUGACAUGAGCCAGGCGCGGCUAGACAAUUACUACUGGCUUUUGGCCUUGUCAAGCACACUCAGUCUUUUGUUGUAUGUUGUUUUGUGUAGAUUUUAUACUAGUACCAAAAACUCAGAUAAUGAACAAACAUAAAUGAGUACUCUUAUGUCUCAUUCAAAUUUUACUUCUUUUCUUAGCAACUGAAGAACACCAGUUAAUGUUAAAAGUCCAAAGUUCAAACAUUUGUGUAGUUUUAAUUAGGAAAAGGAACAAAAAAAAGAAGAAAGAGUUGAUGAUGCA